AUGUUAUUUGAAAGCUCCAUUAGAUCAGGAGAUCCUCGUCUUUCUAAUCGAAAUAAAUCAGGUUAAGCAACUGAAGUAUAAAAUGCCUAUGACCAUUCAUUCAAUGGAAGGAUAAUUUAUGCUAGAAAUUUAUAUUCUAAGUUAUUCUUGCAAUUAAUCAUUGUUUGUAUUUUUUGACAAUAGACUAGGCAUAUAUGUAUGGAUAGUACAUGCUUUGCAAGAUUUAGAUCAUUUUUUAGAACAAACUAAAUGGAUAUUUUGGUUAAGUUUAGGUGUUUGUAUAGGAAUAUCAACAUUAGCCUUUAUUUAUAGGAAUUAGAUAAAAACAGUUCCAAUAAAUUGGUUAGUAUUCUUAUCAUUUACUCUAUCUUUGGCUUCAGUUUGUGGUUGUUUAGUAGCAUUUGGUAAUUCAUAAAUUGGAUUAUUGAUAUUUGUGAAUUUUGCAAGUAUCUAAAAUAUAUUUAAGAUAGGUCUAAUAUUCUUUUUAUUUUUAUAUUCAUCAACUAUAAGAAGAAAGAUUACUUAUUCUGGAGCAGUCCUUUUUGUAUCUGCAGGGAUAUUGAUUGUAUUUGAGAUGUUUACAAUCUAUACAAAAAUCUCAUUAUUUUGGAUUAUGGUCAUCUCUUUAUCCUCCUUUUUAUUUGCAUUUUUGUUGCUUUAUCAUACAUAUUCAAAUUUGAAGUAAUAAUCUCUAUAUAUUAUUUAUUUAAUUAGUUCUGAAGAUUCUUAUGAUAUCAGUACUGCAGAUGAUGUGAGUGGUAGUGUAACUAUAUAUUGGGAUAUUAUAUUAUUAUUUUUGAAGAUGGCAGAACUCAUCAAAGAUAAUCUAUUUAACAGACAUAAUUGAUAAAUAUUUUCAUAACAGAAUAAUAUAUAUAUAAUAAGUUUCAAAUGGAACAAAUCAAAAUUUGCAUUUCAAGUCUUUAAGGAUUUUAGUAUAAUCUAAAUAAAGUAUUGGAUAAAUUCAAAAAAGAGAAGUAAAGUUAUUCUCAAUUUUUUAAAGUGAUCUUGCUACUACUUUCAUUCAAUUUGCUGAUGAAAUAUUUUAAAGCAAUGAAAAUUUGUUAAAGAAAUAUCUUCUUUUAAUGGUAUUAUUUAUUGCAUAUAAAAUUUAUAGAUUAUUAGGGAAGCAGUUUAUACAAAUCCAAUUGGUUCUGUGACAAAUAAAUUAGCUAGCAAUAAUUCAAUUUUGAAUUAUUUAUAGGAGGUAGUUAUGUUUCAACCAGGUUCUGAUGAUGAAUACAAAGGCAUUUAUAGAUUUGAAUAUGAUAGUAAUUAAUAUUAUUAUUAUAUUGUUAGCUCCAUAAAUUGCUAUUAAAUACUUCAAUUUAAUAUUGGAACUUAUCAAAGUUUUAGCUGAAAAAUAUCCUGUCACUUCAAGCAACAAAUCUACAAAGUUUAAAAUACUAUAUGACAGAUUAAUUCAAUAAGGAAUUAUCUUUCCUAAAUAUUAUAGAGAAUUAACAGCUGAUAUUAAUGAAAUAGAGGAUGCAGUUGAAGAAAGUUAACCUGUUAAAAGGAAUCAAUUAUAAUAAAUGGAACCAUAUAGAGAAAAUGGUAUCUAAUAAUUGGAAGAAUUAUAAAUUGAAAUGAAUGAUUAAAUUGAUACAAUUUGGGAUAUGCUUUAUGAUUAAAAUUGUAAUCCAGAAGGAGCAAAAGAUAGUAACUAAAAAUUAUAAUUUUAGUGUUAUAAUUCUAUUGUGAUACUUUUAAAGAGAGUGAUGCAAAAUUAUAAUAAUUAGAAUAUGAAUUAUCAGACAAAUUAAAUUAAUAAUAAAAAGAUUAGAUUGAAAUGUUGUGUAAUUUUAUUAAGAUUUUUAAUUUGAAGUUUAAUCAUUUUGAAAGAAACAAAACUAAAAAUGGAUUCUUUGAAUUUCAACAUGCUGUUUUAACAGAGGCUGCCAAAAUUACAAAAAAACAAUAUACUCCAUCUGAUGCUUAUCAAAAAUCCAAAAUUUAACCUCUUUCUCCAUUAAGAUAAAUUGGAUAAGAUGACACUCAAGAUAUUACCAGAUAAAAUGAUCUAACAAGNUAUAAUAAGUUUCAAAUGGAACAAAUCAAAAUUUGCAUUUCAAGUCUUUAAGGAUUUUAGUAUAAUCUAAAUAAAGUAUUGGAUAAAUUCAAAAAAGAGAAGUAAAGUUAUUCUCAAUUUUUUAAAGUGAUCUUGCUACUACUUUCAUUCAAUUUGCUGAUGAAAUAUUUUAAAGCAAUGAAAAUUUGUUAAAGAAAUAUCUUCUUUUAAUGGUAUUAUUUAUUGCAUAUAAAAUUUAUAGAUUAUUAGGGAAGCAGUUUAUACAAAUCCAAUUGGUUCUGUGACAAAUAAAUUAGCUAGCAAUAAUUCAAUUUUGAAUUAUUUAUAGGAGGUAGUUAUGUUUCAACCAGGUUCUGAUGAUGAAUACAAAGGCAUUUAUAGAUUUGAAUAUGAUAGUAAUUAAUAUUAUUAUUAUAUUGUUAGCUCCAUAAAUUGCUAUUAAAUACUUCAAUUUAAUAUUGGAACUUAUCAAAGUUUUAGCUGAAAAAUAUCCUGUCACUUCAAGCAACAAAUCUACAAAGUUUAAAAUACUAUAUGACAGAUUAAUUCAAUAAGGAAUUAUCUUUCCUAAAUAUUAUAGAGAAUUAACAGCUGAUAUUAAUGAAAUAGAGGAUGCAGUUGAAGAAAGUUAACCUGUUAAAAGGAAUCAAUUAUAAUAAAUGGAACCAUAUAGAGAAAAUGGUAUCUAAUAAUUGGAAGAAUUAUAAAUUGAAAUGAAUGAUUAAAUUGAUACAAUUUGGGAUAUGCUUUAUGAUUAAAAUUGUAAUCCAGAAGGAGCAAAAGAUAGUAACUAAAAAUUAUAAUUUUAGUGUUAUAAUUCUAUUGUGAUACUUUUAAAGAGAGUGAUGCAAAAUUAUAAUAAUUAGAAUAUGAAUUAUCAGACAAAUUAAAUUAAUAAUAAAAAGAUUAGAUUGAAAUGUUGUGUAAUUUUAUUAAGAUUUUUAAUUUGAAGUUUAAUCAUUUUGAAAGAAACAAAACUAAAAAUGGAUUCUUUGAAUUUCAACAUGCUGUUUUAACAGAGGCUGCCAAAAUUACAAAAAAACAAUAUACUCCAUCUGAUGCUUAUCAAAAAUCCAAAAUUUAACCUCUUUCUCCAUUAAGAUAAAUUGGAUAAGAUGACACUCAAGAUAUUACCAGAUAAAAUGAUCUAACAAGUACUUAAAUUCAAAUGAAAGAAAAGGUUGUGUCUUAAAUUAAUUAAUAAGUCUAAUCAGAAUAAUAAAAAUAAUUUGAUUAAUCAAAAUUAUAAGAUAAUUCUAAAUAAAAUGAUAAAUAACAAGUAAUUUCAUAAUCAUAAUAUAAUUAAUAUGAUCAGUAUGAUCAGUAUGAUCAAUUCAAUUAAUAAAAUUAAUUUUAAUAAUAACAAUAUAACUAAUAGAUAUCAUUAAAUUAAUAAUAAGAAUAAUAUUAAUAGCAAUAGCCCUUAUAAACAACAUUUACACCAGAUAAUAAAAAUAAUCCACUUUUAUUAGAAACUGACUACUAACAAUUUGAGUAACAAAUUCCAAAAUAACAUUAAAAUUAUUUUUCAUGGGAUUAAUAUUAAUAACCAUAUAAAUAGGAAGAUAAUUCUAAGACAUUAGAAUAUUAGUAAGAUUAAUAGGAUUAGAAACUAAAGGGAAUGAAAUUAAGUUUUGGAAAUGGAGUUGAUAAAGAAUAGGAUUAUAAUAAUUAGGGAUCAAGUUAAGUUUAAUUUAAAGAGAUCAGACAUACAGAAUAAUAUACAUAAUAAAAUUAACAAAACGAUUAUUCAGGUUAUCUAUAGAAUACUGAAUUUCUAGAUAUCUAACAAAAAUUAAUUAGAUAUGGAUAUACAUAAUAAAUGAUUGAUGUUUGGAAGAAGACAUGUUUAUUGGGGUAAGGCAAUUUAUUUGAGAAUGAAUUAAUUAGAGUUUAUUGCACAUUUGGAUUGUAGUAUUAAGUGUUAAAUAGUAAGAAUUAUCUAAAAAUAUCUUUGUAAAUUUUCAAUAAGUCUGGCCUAAAUUUGUCCAUAAAUAUAAAAUUUUAAGGGGAUAGAUGUAAUUAUGAAUUUAUUAAAAUCAGCAACAAAAUUUUGGAUCAAAUAAGAAAAUAGAAACAUUUUGGAACAAGAAUAAUAAUACAUAUUAAUAGUUGAUGAAUGCAAAGACCUUAUUAUUAGUAGGAUACAGAUUGAAAAUUAAUUCUUUAGUGUGUUAUUACCAACAAAUCAAUAUAAUUUUAUAGAGUUUUUAGAUUUAAGGCAAGAGAUAUUUUAAAUAAAAAUAAAGGAUAUUCUAUUUUAUAAAAGUCAACCUUUUAGAUUGUAAAUUAGUUAGGAAUUAUUUAAGAAAAUUGGAUUUAUUGAAAUGAAUAAUUAUUAUGGUAAUUGAUUAGUAUAAAUUAAAUUAGGAGGUGUUUAUGAAAAUAAUAACUAUAUAAAAGUCAUAAUGAUAGAGAAAAAUAUAUGGAUUAUAGAGGCAACAGAUUAAUAUCUCAUUCCAUAAUUAUUAUUUUUGUUUUCUUGA